UCAGCUCUCCAUCAUGGCCUGGUCUCUGCUCUUGGCUUUCUUCUUCUUAUGGUGCACAGGAGCCAACUCACAAUACACCUUGACUCAACCUGCCACACUAUCGAUUCCUCUGGGAGAACCAGUCAAGAUCUCAUGUACCAUGAGCCAAGAUAGCCAAAUGAGCAGCUCUUUCAUCUCUUGGUACCAACAGAAGGCUGGAGAGAGCCCCAAAUUCCUUCUCUAUGAUGACAACAACAACGGCCGGUUCUCAGGGACCAUAGACAGCUCUGCCAAUGUGGCCUAUUUAAACAUUACAAACACCCAGUUUGAGGAUGAGGCUGAUUAUUAUUGUGGUGGGGAUUACAGCAGUGACGAUAACUGGAGGUAUCACAGUGAUACACUCACUUGCAGAAUUUCCCAAACAGCUCGAUUCUGCAUCAUGGCCUGGUCUCUGCUCUUGGCUUUCUUCUUUUUGUGGUGCACAGGAGCCAAUUCCCAGUACACCUUGACUCAACCUGCCACACUAUCGUUUCCUCUGACACAACCAGUAAAGCUCUCUUGUACCAUGAGCCGAGACAGCCAAGUGGGCAGUUAUACCAUAUCUUGGUACCAACAGAAGGCUGGAGAGAGCCCCAAUUACCUUCUCUAUAAUACUGGCAGCAACGGCCGCUUCACGGGGUCCAAGGACACCUCUGCCAAUGCAGCCUAUUUAACCAUUACAAACUUCCAGCCUGACGAUGAGGCUGAUUACUAUUGUGCUGGUCCUUACAGCAGUGGUGGCAACUGGAGGUGGGUGUUCGGAGGAGGAACGCAACUACUCGUCACAGGUCGGCCCACCGUACCGCCUUCGGUGCAAGUCUUUGCUCCCACCCUGCAAGAGAUCCGAAGCCCGAACCCAUAUACAGUGGUGUGUCUCCUAACCGAUUUUUACCCACCUGCUUUCGAACUGCAGUGGAAGGGUGAUGAUCAAGUGAUAAGAUCUGGAGUGGAGACCACCAAAGCCAGCAAGCAAGGAGACAAAUAUCUUGCCAGCAGUUACCUGAGAUUGACGGCAGCCGAAUAUCAAAACUAUGAUGCUUUCACCUGUCAAGUGACACAUGAAAGUAAGACCAUUGCAAAGACUGUGUCGAAAUCUGGAAGUUGUUAAUUCUAUCAAUGAAUUCCUUUCCUGACUCCAGGAAGGAGAAACGAGUCCCUACUCCUGGGCUCUCAUUCAUUCUUUCCUAAACUUAGUUCGAUCAAUAAGAUCUCUUAGUACCCCAUGUAGUUACACCCUUCGUAUCCCCUCCAUGCCUUCGCCCUUCAAAUCGAUCCCCCUCCCCACUACUUUGACCUCUUAGAUUCUACUGUCAGCAUAUUAAUAAAGAUGGAUGUAUUUCA